UUCAGUGCGUAAACGGAAGAGAACAGUGACCAAGAACAAUUUCCACGUUAGCGGUUUUUGUUGUUAAUGAGACGUUUAUGUUACACAUUGGAAAUCAAAAUAUGACUAAUUGAACAGCACAGCAUCACAUACUUACUUCAGGUCGUCUUUAAUUCGCGCUGGAGACAGGACUUGGUUGAUAGACGUUAUCUAAGUAGCCGCUAACGUUAGCUAACAAUGGUUUUUCACACUCAAAUAGCCUCCAUCAUGGAGGUACUAGCGAAUGCAGCCGUGGCAGAGAUCUGUAAACUCGUAGACGACGACUAUGCAGUGUUUCGUUUGGAAAUGUCUCAAAGCCAGAAAGAAAACAGGACAUUGCGGAGGAAACUACAGCUAUUGGAACUGAAGGUGGUACGGGAGCGCGCAGAGAGGACAAUUAGAGACCGAGUCCGCGCCAGCCGUCCCUGUAGUGUCAAGAUCCUCGACCAAUACAGAGGAAUGGCAAGAGCUGAAGGACAUCUCGCUGGAGGCCACAUGAGCUUUGUGAAACCAGUGGGACACCACGCGUGGCGAGAUGACCAACCCAUAGCUAUAGAUGAGGGGAGUGGAACCUCAACUCAGCAUGUUAUCGUGAUAGAGUCUGCAGAUGCAGAGGCUGCUGGUUCUGGAGGAUCGUCUCUGGUCAAACAGGAGAGGACUGAAGGAGAGGACCCACGAGACAUCCAGACUAGAGCAGCGGCUGGAGUGGCGCCCCCUGUAGCCACCGAGGACCUCACCGCCUCGCCCCAGCCAAGGACCCGACGCAGCAUCACGGAGGAGGAGGAGGGUCCAGAGGUGCUGCUGGUGAAGGAGGAGGGUCUGGGGAACCCUGAGGGGACCAUGGUCAUGGAGGACAACCAGACAACAUCUCCUCCUGAACCCACAGAAGAACCAGCAGAGCAGAACAGGACCACACACAGUCUCACUGAGUCAGUAGACAUGGAGGAUGGGAAGCCUGAUCUGCUGCUGGUCAAAGAGGAGACAAUAGAAGAUGGACCAGAGAGCAUUGACCUGCUGAGUGGACUAAAGAUGGGGGAGCAAGGUGGUUGGUUGGAGGCUAACAGAGGAGAUUGUGCAGCCAUUUUUGAUUCCCAGACUGGUGCAGCCAUGGGUCCAGGGGAAGACAUUGAGCAGGCCAGGACCAGAGGCAACAUAGUGGAGGUCAAUGGAUGGAAUAGCGUCCUCAACUCUGGGCUGGGGAACAACACUGUUAACCACAACCAGAAACAGGCAGUCGAGCACAAAACAACAUCCAAAAUAAGUCUCCAUGACAACAGCAUGGUUGAGACCAGGGCGAGGCGUAGAUUUGGUCUGCAGGGACGGGGAGGUGUCCAUAUGAGACGGGAGAGAACAGACACAGACUCCGCUAGUGACGCUCCGUCCUGCUCCUAUAGUUGUGAUUCAGAGAGACUGAUGGCGCCUCGGGUUAACCCCCUAACAGGUGCUGCCUUCAGCCUGCCUUCUAUAGAAUCUAUCAACUGGAACAUGGACCCUGCAACAACACAGACACUCACUGACCUUCAUCCUCCUCACAGUCUCCUAAUGUUAAACCAGACCUCAGACAAUGCCAGUGCCUCAACACUAAAUGGGUACACAAGCCCAUUGACAAAUGACAGUAGUAGCAACGCUAUCAGUAGAUCCGAUGGCAAAGAGAAGCGCUUCCCGUGUUCAUUCUGUGGGAAAGCAUUCAGUUUCCCCAAACAGGUAGAGAUUCACCAGAGGAUGCACACAGGGGAGAAACCAUACGGCUGCCACCUGUGCCAGGCCAGUUUUUCACACUCGUCCAACCUAAAGAGGCACCAGAGGGUCCACACAGGGGAGAAACCGUUCAGCUGUACCCAGUGUCACAUGCGCUUCGCUCAGUCUGGCAACCUGAAGAUGCACCUGAAGGUCCACAUGGGAGAGAGGCCAUUCGCCUGUACGGACUGAGGAGCUACCUCAGGAUACACCAGCAUAAAAAACAUUCCACUCUAUAACAUAGAAAGUAACCAUUCCAUUUGAUAGCUUCUGACUGACAUCACACCCUGCAUUAAAGACAAAGAUUAAUUUUCAUUGUCAGCAGAAAAGAUGCCCUUGGAAUAAGGAGAGUAACGUAUUUCAUUGUUGAAUACUCCUGGGUAGAAUGUUGCAUCUCGACAUUGUGUGACAUUGACUUGAGUGUACAACACAUUAGGAAUACCUGCUCUUUGCACUUCAUAAACUGACCAGCUAAAAAUUACAAUCCCUUCUUGAUGUCACUUGUUAAAUCCACUUCAAUCAGUGUAGAUGAAGGGAAGGAGACAGGUUUUUAAGAAGGAUUUUUAAGCCUUGUUACAAUUGAGACAUGGAUUGUGUGCCAUUCAUUUAGCAUUUUUACAUUUGAGUAAUUUAGCAGAUGCUCUUAUCCAGAGCAGCUUACAGGCACAAUUAGGUUUAAGUGCCUUGCUCAAGGGCACAUUGACAGUUUUCACAUAGUUGGCUCGGGGAUUCGAACAAGCAACCUUUCGGUUACCGGUCCAAUGCUCUUAACCACUAGUAGGUACCAAGCACCCCUGGUUUGAGUGUGUCAAGAACUGCAACUCUGCUGGGUUUUUCACGCUCAACAGUUUCCUGUGUGUAUCAAGAAUGAUCCACCUCCCAAAGGACAUCCAGCCAAUUUGACACAACUAUGUGAAGCAUUGGAGUCAACAUGGGCCAGCCUCCCUGUGGAACGCUUUCGACACCUUGCCCUGAUGAAUUGAGGCUGUUCUGAGAGCAAAAGGGGGUGCAACUCAAUAGUAGGAAUAUGUUCCUAAUAUUUUGUACAUUCAGUGCAAAUAAGCAAAUAUGGUGCCAUGGAAAAGUAUUCAUACCCCUUGGAUUUCUUCACAUUUUAUUGUUACAAAGUGGGAAUAAAAGGGAUUUAAUUGUAAUUCUAUACAUAAUACACUGUCAAAGUGGAAGUUUAUUUGUAUUUUUUAUGAAUAGAAAUGAAAUAGCUAGAAGAUAGUCGUUGCAUAAGAAUUCAGCUCCUUGAGUCAAGACACACCUUGGGUAAGUCUCUACGAGCUUUACACACCUGGAUGGUGCAAUAUUAGCCCAUUAUUAUUUUCAUAAUUCUUCAUGCUCUGUCAAGAUGUUGGGGAUCAUGGCUAGACAGCAAUUUUAAUUCUUGCCAUAGUUUUUCAAGCAGAUUGUCAAGUCAGAUCCUGCUCCUCCCCUCCGGCGUACGACAUCGCCAGAGUACUCACCAGCGGACCUGGGAUUCAUCAUUACGCGCACCUGUGAACCAUUAUGAAUCAUUAUGAUUCACACCUGGACUCCAUUACCUUCAUAAUUUCCUUCCCUUUAUAUGUCACUCUCCCAGGUUCACUCACCAGUUGGUAUUGUUAUUGUGUAUCGGCGGUCUGCCGUAUGUUAGUCGCGUGUUCUUGGUUUUGUUUUAUUUAAACGUUUCACCUGCUUCUCACUCACUCACUCAUCAUUACACAGAUUUAAGUCAAAACUUUAACUUGGCCACUCAGGCACAUUCACUGUCUUCUUGGUAAGCAACUAGAGUGGAAUUUUGGCAUUGUGUCAUAUGAUGCAGCCACCACCAUACUUGAAAAUAAGGAGGUAGUUACUCAGUGAUGUGUUCCAUUGGAUUUUCCCCAAACAUAAGGUUUUGCAUUUAGGCCAAAAAGCAUAUUCCUUUGCUGUGUUUUUGUUGUACUAUUAGUUUAGUGCCUUAUUGCAUACAAUAUGCAUGUUUUGGAAUAUUUGUAUUUUCAGUCAUUGAGUUAAAAGUCAUUAUUGUGGAGUCACUAAAAUGUUGUUGAUCCAUUCUCAGUUUUCUCCCAUCACAGCCAUUGAACUGUACCGCUUUUAACGUCACUAACGGCCUCAUGGUAACAUUCCUGAGCAGGUUCAUUCCUGUCCUGCAGUUCAGUUCAGAAGGAUGGCGGUAUCUUGGUGUUUUUAAAGUGAGAUGAUAAUGAUAGUGCCUUAAUUCAUGUUUACUUGACAUGUAGUAGUGAAAGUGUAAUGUUGAAUCUUUUCCAAAUUAUUCUAAAAUUCAUUUUAUCAAAGCGAGGGUACCAGAUUUACAGAACAUUUAGUGUUACUGUAGUGAGGUUAUUGUACUUGUCAUAUAUCAUUUUGUGCAAUAAAAGUACUGUAGUUCACGUGAGUG